AUGUGCCCAUCUGGGACAAGUUUAGCUGCAGAGACCAAAAGGGGUGGUGCAAAAUCAGAUUUCAGGCCAGCGUUUGAUGUUCUUGAUGCAGACCAUGAUGGGAAGAUAAGCAAAGAUGACCUUCGCAUGUUUUAUGCCGGGUUUUCAAGUAAUGGUGCCGAUGAUGAUAUUAUAGGGUCAAUGAUGUCUGUUGCUGAUUUUAACAAAGAUGGGUUUGUUGAGUAUGAGGAAUUUGAACGUGUUUUGGACGGUGUUAGUGAAAACAAGAAAUCUUCAUCAUCAACAAGGUCUACUUCUGGGGUUAUGGAGGAUGUGUUCAAGGUUAUGGAUAAAGAUGGGGAUGGAAAAUUGAGUGUUGAUGAUUUGAAGAGUUAUAUGCAAUGGGCAGGGUUUGAUGCUACUGAUGAUGAUAUCAAAGCUAUGAUUAAAUUGGCAGGUUGUGCUGUUGGCGGUGAUAAAUAUGUUGUCACUUAUGAUGAUUUGCUUAAGAUUUUGGCUCUUGAUAAUUCUUAUGUUGCAUAG